AUGGCGUUUCUGCUACUUGGAUUUCUAGUUGCUCUCUUCCUAGUUGGAGACAACACAGAUGGUUUUGAGAGACCUGUCUCCUUUACAAUCAUUAGAAUAUCAUCAUUUUAUAACCAUUCCUGGGUGCAGAAUUUGGGCUCAGGUUGGCUGGAUGAGCUGGAGACUCACCGUUGGAAUACAAACUCCAACAGCAUCGAAUAUCUACAGCCUUGGUCCAGGGGCAACUUCAGCAGUAAGGAGUUCGCAGACAUGGAGAAACUUUUCCAUUUGCACUUUGUUUCAUUUACUCGAGAAGUUCAGAAGAAUGUGAAUAAAUACCAGUAUGAGUACCCUUUUGUGUUGCAGGUGGCAAUAGGCUGUGAGCUGCAGUCUGAGGAGACCUCAGUGGGCUUUGCACGGGAAGCUUAUCAAGGCACUGAUUUGCUGAGCUUGGAGAACAAUUCGUGGUUGCCAUCUCCACAGGGUGGAAGGAGGGCACAGAUUGUUUGCAGACAAUAUGAUCUUUAUAAACUUCUCAAGGAAACAGUACACAAACUUAUGAGUGACAUUUGUCCACGUUUGACUUUGGGACUUCUUGAUGCGGGCAAGGAGGAUCUCCAGCGACAAUUAAAGCCAGAAGCCUGGUUGUCCAGUGGCUCCAGUCCUGGACCUGGUCGUCUGCUGCUGGUCUGCCGUGUGUCUGGCUUCCACCCAAAGCCUGUGCUGGUGACGUGGAUGCGGGGUAACCAGGAGCAGCCUGGCACUGAACGAAGUGAUGUCCUGCCCAAUGCUGAUGGCACAUGGUAUCUCCGAGUAACCCUGGAGGUGACAGCUGGAGAGGCGGCUGGCCUGUCCUGUCGAGUGCAGCACAGCAGUCUGGGAGACCAGGACAUCAUCCUUCACUGGGAGCAUCAAAAUUCCAUUGUCUUCAUUCUCCUGGCAGUGAUACUGGUCCUGGCUCUUCUGGCUGGUCUUGUGUUUUGGUUAAGAAAGCUCUGGUGA